AACCAAUGACAUGAUAUACCUACUCGUUAGCAAAUACAGUAAUAACUGAAUGUACUGUUAAAACAAUGACAAUUUACUAAUGUGUACAGCACCAUACCGCACAAGUGCACUCUUGACUAGGUUGAUCACAACGCGCGACAGGCAAGAACCAGCUAGCUUGUCAGUGCAAGGCCUGGAAAAUGGCUGCAGGAUCUGGCGCGUCAAGCGGUCACGGUCCGCCUGCGGCCCUUGAGUCAACUUUGGACCGACGGUUUCAAGGAGUGUCGAACACAAUGGAAUCAAUUCAAGGACUAUCAAAUUGGUGUAUCGAGAACAAGAAAUACCACAGUCUUAUCGUGCGUUACUGGAUGAAAUGGUUGAGGAAAUCUGAGGCUUCUCACCGUCUCAAUUUGUUCUACCUCGCCAACGAUGUCAUUCAGAACUGUAAGAGGAAAAAUGCCAUUGUCUACCGUACUGCCUUCGCCGACGUGCUCCCUGAGGCCUUCCAGCUGGUCAAUAAUGUGGGAGACUCUAAGGUGAUGAAGUCAGUGGACAGGAUAUUAUCCAUCUGGGAGGAGAGGAGUGUGUACAAAGAGGAGCUCAUAGCUGAGCUGAGGGCCAGUCUGGUCAAAGAGGAGUCACCUACUGCUUUAGAAACACCUAAAGCUCCAGUCAACCCUAAAGCUGCUCUUCAAUCUAAGAUUGUAGCUGAAUUUGUUCCCCAGGCAUUCAUCGAUCAUCUCUCUAAGUACCACAGCUCUGUGGAGGAAGUGGCGCUAAAGGAGAAACAGCUGGCAGCCAUGAGGGUGGACGUCUGCAGCACCAAGGACCUCAAGAGACUGAAAGAUAAGGCAGGGGGAAAGAGGCACUCCAAGGACUUUGAGGAUGGCAGUGCGAAGCUAAAGGAGUUUGUGGCCUUCCUUGACCGGCAGAUCAAAGGAGGGUCCCCUCUGUUGAAUGCUCUUGGCAACGCAGACAUUUUCUACGAGAUGCAGUAUAAGGAGGUCAAGAUAGUCGCCAAUGCCUACAAGACGUUUGCCAACCGGGUGUCCCACCUCAAGCGUAAGCUGGACAGCCUCAAGUCCACCUUACCAGACCUGGAUGAGUCGCCCCUCCCCUCGCCCUCGAUGGACGCCCCGUCCCCCAAUGGCUCAGAGUCCCCCUUCCGUGGCCUGGCCGACCCAGAAUCUGACUUGGAUGGCCUGGCCAUGGAUGAUGAGGCGGAAAUCACUCUGGGGGAAGCACCCAGCCCCCUGUCCUCCCCCGGUGGCUCCCCAAAGCAGGGCUUCACUGUCGGGGAGUCAGACAACCGCGAUGUGGAGGACAUGGAGCUCUCGGAUGAGGAGGAGGCAGAGAGCGUCGGUAUCAUAGUUGAGGAGCGAGUUGAAAGUCCCGUCCCAUCUCCAGACCCCAUUCCUGUGCCUGUUGUCACACAGCUGCCGCUGGCCACAGAGGCAAAGCCUGUCCCACAGGCCACACCUUUCCCAGCUCUCAUGAUCCCAGUGACCCCUAUAACCAACCUAUCAGGCAACCUCGCCAAUGUAGACCUGGGUAAAAUUAGCUCUAUCCUCAGCAGCAUCACCUCUGUCAUGAAGAAACCAGGAGUGAGUCCAGGUGCUUCUUUGGUCUGCCCCUCCUCUCCAGCCAAGACCACCCCUCCUGCCCCAGUAGCCCCCCAGGUAGCCAGCCCUCUGGCCAGCGUCUUAUCCAAAGUGGACAUGACUCCCGAGGCGCUCCUCAGUGCACUGUCCAAAACCCAGGAGCAGGCCAGCGGGCGACAUGGCCUCUCCACUCUUCUGAACAGCCCAGCGGGAAACCUCUCCUCAUACUCCCCCAGUACAGGCAAGCUCCCUCCCUCCGCCUCCACCCCUACAGUACCCUCUCGAGGCCUUCCUCUCACCUCCUCUACGCUCGAACCAACCCCAUCAGCCCCUACAGUGGGGAAUACCACCACCGUCCUUCAGGCAGCGUCCCUUACCCAGCCCACACAGCCUCUAGACAUCGGCCCUCACAGAGGGCUGGUCCUUGAGCAAGAGAAGGAAGAAAAGCCCUCUGCUUCCAGCCUGGAGUCCAAGAUCCACAGCUUCCUGCAGGGUAACCCUGGCUUUAAUGCCUUUAACCUGGGCUUGACUAGCGAGACCAUGCAAGCGGGAGGCAGCGACAUCAGCCCCUUAGCGGGUACAGCGACCCUAGAGGGCACCCCGGUGAGGGACGAGGCCGGAGGAGGCACCCCCACCCUGGAUGAGUUCUUGGACACACCAGGAGGAGCAGAGCCCUUCCUGGCCAAGCAAGGUCAGGUCUCUUCUGGGGGAGUUCCUAAACAACCAGAUGGCAGCCUGUCUCAGUCUCCAACUGCCUACCACAACCAAGCCUGGCAUGAUCCCAACAACCCUCAUGUCCACUUAGGACCACAACCAGGUGCUCCGAAUGGACAGGGGUACCACCAGUUGCCUUAUGGAGGGAAUGAAGAGAUGCAUGGAAUAGGUCCUUCCCUCAGAGAGUCUGGGUUGGCCCAUUACCAGCCCAUCACGACACAGGUGUCAGCCCCAACCCUCAGGGAGGGGUUACCCAGUAACACACCAGGAGGGCCUCCGGCAGGGCCAAGCCCCAGUGUGAGUGAAGGAGGAUGGUAUGGUAAUCCUUACCCAGAGGGACGGGCCCUGCAUCCUAACAACCACAACAUGGCUGCAUCAGGGGCAGGAGAUGGCAAAACCCCCAUGUCAGGACGGUAUGCAUACCAGGGGGAGGGGCAGACGCAGCCCUACCAAACAAAGGAUCCUCAAACUCUGCUUUCCCAACAGGGGGCCAAUCCCUCAAGCUUCCUCACCAGCCCUCUGCCCCCCAUUCCCCAGCUGCCUCCACCGCCCUUCCCUGGAAUACCAGCCCCACCUCAGGACUACCAGAGCUCGCCCGCGUCUGUCAUUGUGCGAGGGGUGAUGGUGCCUGUGGAGCAACCCCCACCAAACCCUGAGAUGGAGGAUGACAGGGCGGGCGUCAGUGCAUUGGGCGGUCCAGUGAUUAUCAGUGAUCACCAGCACAAAUCUGCUUUCCACCCUGAGGGCCAACCCUAUCACCCAGAUGACCUUCAUCGCCAUGCCGAUGACCCCCGUCAUCACCCUGACAAUUUCCCUUGUCACACUGACGACCUCCGCCGCCACCCCAACGAUCUACGCCGUCAGCCUGACGACCUGCAUCACCUUGACAACUUCCGUCAGCACCCCCACGACCUCCAUCGUCACCCAGACGAUUUCCACCAUCUACCUGUAGACGAUCCUCAUUAUCCUUAUAGAGUCAGAGAGCGCCUCACUCCCCCCCUCUCUCCCUCAGAAGACCCUUACUACUAUAACUCCCCUCCAUAUGGUCACAGACCCCCCCUUCACCCUCACAUGGACCUGCACCACCCUGACCACAUGCCCCUGCCUCCCGAUCCUCCACACCGUCCUCUCCACCCAGUUCACCAGCCACACCUGAGAGGCCUCCCGUGGGGUCCCCCACGCCCAACCCUCUGUGGGCCCAUGCUCAGGGGGAAACGGCCAGGGCCUCCUUUCGGGGGACACCCCAGAGGGGGACCAGGUGGUCCGUUCUUUCCUCCCAAAAGACCACACCUACCUCCGCGCUUCUGACUUGUCAACUGACUGGGGUGACAUCAAAUUACAGUGCUUAGGCUACCGGAAUGUCAUUGUGGCAGGGGGAGCGACACAUCGAGGAUAGAAGAGGAGGAGAGAUGAGUUGGGAAGAGGCAGAAGAAUUGAGGUGUACUUUUCUCUGCUCCCCUUCUUGGUUUAAGAGUUCUGAGAGGAAGAGGGGAAUAGAUGAGUACAAUUGGAGGAGGAGUAAAUUGGGAGGAUCUAAAGGAAUCGAGGAGAGGAUGAGUGAAGACGUGGAUCUGGAGAAAGAGGGAAUGGAGAGGUCGGCCUGAACAACGGAGACACAGCGGAAUAGAAGAAAAUAAGAGGUGGAUAUAUAAUUCAGUUUGAUUUUUGUUCUCAUAUUUGUUCAAAUAUAAAACGUUAAGUCUUUUAUUCAUCUCCCCCCCUGAAUUAGUGCUAAGCGUGCAAUAUGCUUGUGUGCAUGCGUUAGCGUGAGUGAGCUAAAUCCAAGACUACUACUGUUCAUUAUUUAAACUGCAUUUUAAGACGUUAUUCUUUUGCAAAGUAGGCCUAAGCGUCAGGGAUGGGUCGUUUCUCUUGUAAUUUUUCAAUGAAAAGUAGAGCCCCGUUUUCCCAUUGAAAAGACCUAGCCAUGAUCCCGUCAAUCAGGAUAAUCUCUACUACGUGGUCUCUUUUUGUUUACGCUACAUUUUAUGUACGUAGACGCAAAGAGAAUCUGAACUUAAUAUUACGUUAUUUCCUUCUAUAUUAUCCGUUUGUGUAGCUGGGGGGAAACUGAUGAUAAAUUCCAUAAAUGUUAUGAUUUUGAAUGUUAUAUUUGUUAAGCAACACUUUGUUCAGUGCGAAAGAUUGAACCUUUUACUGGCUGUGUCAUCAUUUUCUCAGAGAAAGAUGACACCAGCACAGAGGUAAUAUUAGAAUAAAACAAGGCUUAGGGGUGGGAGGGGGAUGGUAUUUUUCUUUGCCCCUAAACAACAAAGAAGAAAAGAAGUUCAUUUUCGAAUUGGAUCAAGAAACGUUCUGGCUUCAGCUACCUUUUACUUGUACUGACUUUAAUAAAAACCUGAUUUUGAAAACCGCAA